AUGCCUCUUAUCUCCCCCUCGCAAGCGCGCGCGCUCGUCACGGUCGUUUUGGUGCUUCAUGCUUCUUUUCCAGACCAGGGCCGUGUCCUCGACUCGUGGACCGUGAGGUGUCUUCGCCCGUCUCUACCAAUCGAGUGUCUCACAAUGGAGCAUGGCUGCGACUCGCCCUGCUUGAGCCUGCCACAACAUCACCAAGAAUGCAGAAAGGCCAAGCAUCCCACCCACGCACCCCGCAAACACGCUUGA